GUUUCUUCGCCAAUCAUCUUCCGCAUUCCGAUCUUCGUGCUUGAGCUCUCCGAACCUCCCGUCAAUGGACGCGCCCGGCGGCGCGGCGGCGGUGAUCACGGUGGAGUACCUGGAGACCGCCAGGUCGAGAGAUCUACUCUCCAAGUUCCCGGACAACUCCGCCUUCGAUUUCGACUACUCUCAGAGCGCAAUCUGGUCUCCUCUCGUUCCCCGGCACCUGAUCCCUGUCUCCGGCGGCCGCAAUCUCGGAUCCGGUCCCCGGAGGGAGCUGGCCUACGAGGAAGCGGCGGUCAAUUUCAGGGAGGCGACGGCUAAUUUCCGGAGGAAGCUUCUAGAUUCCGUGAUCUGUAAUGUCGAUUACCGGCGGGCGAUGAGGAAGAGGAAGAAGAUGAUGAAAAAGGAUUUUGAUUUUUCUCCGAUCGGUUCUUCCUCUAAGCUCGCCGCCGCGAGUACUCCCCGAAAGGGUUGGGCAAAGGUAUUGAAAGCAGCGGCGAAACAUUUCAAGAAAAGCAAGAAUAAACCUCAAAUAAAGUGACUUUUCCUCGUAUUUGUAUUUUACUAAUAUGACAUUUUGUGGAAGGCAAAAAAAAAAUAUGGCCCGGUUCCAUGGCCACUGGAAUCUAGUAGCCACGGAAGUCACUGCCGUUCAUAAAAUUGAUGAUUCCUACCCCCCCUAACCCCCCUGGUAAAGCCCCCCGCCAAGUCUCGACCCAAACUCAUCACCCCACCUACGUCAAUUGCACCUCGUAAGCAUAAAGUCAAAACUUUUUACUUUAAAGUCAAUUAUGCUUACGAGGUGCAAUUGACGUAGGUGGGGUGAUGAGUUUGGGUCGGGACUUGGCGGAGGGUUUACCGGGGGAUGGGGGGUUAGGGGUGUAGGAAUCAUCAAUUUUAUGAACGGAGUUUCGUAGGGGCACAGUGGCUCCCGUGGCCACUGGAUUCAAGUGGCCAUGGAACCGGGCCGAAAAAAUAUGAUAUUUUGUGCAUUUCGUAAUUCGUAUUACUGUAUUAGUGCUUUUCAAGCUUGAUUAAUUUUGGCGUAAUGAAAAAUGACAAAUGCC